AGUCUAUAGUUUUGAUUACUAGUAAACUUCUGACCGCCAAAAUGAGAGUGGUUGCUAUAUGGGCCCUAUGUGUGGCGGUCGUGGCAGCCGUGCCAACCAACCCACAAAGGAUAAUCGGUGGUUCUUUAACUACCAUUGACCAGUACCCUACGAUGGCUGCCUGUCUAACCACAUUUAACUUUGUCAACUACUUUCAGUCUUGUGGUGGUACUAUCCUCAACAAUAGGUCCAUCUUAACUGCUGCUCACUGUACUAUCGGUGAUCCCGCAAAUCAAUGGCGCUUCCGUGUGGGUUCAUCCUUCGCCAAUAGCGGCGGCAUUGUCCACAAUGUUCAGCAAAUCUUCAACCACCCCAACUAUAACCAGGCCGCCCCUCUUGAUUUGGACAUCGCUAUCUUGCGUUCCGCCACUGCUAUCUCAUUCAACAACAAUGUGAGACCAGUUUCCAUCGCUGGCCCUAAUUACAAUUUGCCCGAUAACCAGGUUGUCUGGGCCGCUGGAUGGGGUGUGACUGAGAGUGGUUCUACGUCCGAGCAACUGCGCCACGUCCAGGUCUUUUCUAUCAAUCAAGCCGCUUGCAGAACCCGUUAUGCAGCUAGAGGCGUAAGCAUCACUGACAACAUGUUGUGCUCUGGUAUACUCGACGUUGGUGGUCGUGACCAGUGCUCGCAAGACUCCGGUGGUCCUCUCUAUCAUAACGGGAUCCAGGUCGGUGUCUGUUCUUUCGGCAUUGGAUGCGCCGAAGCACAGUUCCCUGGUGUUAAUGCCCGUGUUUCACGUGUGACAGCUUGGAUCACAAGUAACGCUUAAAGCGUAUAAGCAAAUGAACUAAAAUCGUUGAUCGAAUAACUGAAUUUAUCUUUCCGUAUUGUUUGAUCACCGACUAUCAAAAAUAUAACUACUUAAUAAAAAAAUAUGAUAA